UCCGUCAUGUCGUCGAGGACUCUGCCUUUACUCUUUAUUAAUCUCGGCGGGGAAAUGCUGUACAUCCUGGACCAGCGGCUUCGAGCUCAGAAUAUACCUGCUGACAAAGCUAAGAAAGGUAGUUAGCCUAGCAGCUAGCCAGUUAUCAACACUAAUGUCACUCAUUCUGUGGCAAAACUGUACUGUUACACCGCGAUAGUUACAGAUUCAGCUUGGUGAGUCGAUUUGUGGACUGGUUAGUGUAUUGUUAUGAAUGACAUCAUCACCACUAUGUUCAAUAAAAAGUUCCUGGAGGAGCUUUUCAAGCCACAGGAGCUUUAUUCCAAGAAGGCCCUGCGGACGGUGUUUGACAGGUUGGCUCAUGCAUCCAUAAUGAGGCUCAAUCAAGCCAGUAUGGACAAACUCUAUGACCUGAUGACCAUGGCUUUCAAAUAUCAGGUGCUCCUCUGUCCCCGACCUAAGGACAUCCUCCUCGUCUCCUUCAACCACAUGGACGCAAUCAAAGACUUUGUGAAAGAUACUCCCACCAUUCUCAGCCAGGUUGAUGAAACGUACCGACAGCUCAUAGAGAUGUACACACCUUUGUCCCAUGGUGAAUUCCAGCUGAUUAGACAAACUCUCCUUAUCUUCUUCCAAGACAUGCAUAUAAGGGUGUCUAUUUUCCUCAAAGAUAAAGUGCAGAACUCAAAUGGUCGCUUCGUGCUUCCCACCAGUGGUCCUGUUCCCCAUGGAACACAAGUCCCUAGCUUGAUAAGGAUCUUUAGCUGUACUGGUGAGGAGCUGAGCAGACAGCAGUUCAAUAAUGGAGGGAACUACAAUGCUGCGCUCCGGGAAGGAUCUUUUGAGAUUUUUGGAGACAGAGUAACAAAACUAGGCACAAACAUGUACAGUGUAAGCCGCCCAGUGGAGACUCACAUGUCUGGCACAUCCAAAAGUUCUGCUCAGCACACAAAGGUCAAUGCUGCUCCUAACCCUCUAGCCAAAGAGGAGCUGAACUUGUUGGCCAGACUAAUGGGAGGAUUGGAAGUUCAGAAACCAGGAAACACAGACAGUGGCUUCCGAGUUAAUCUCUUUGCCACAGAUGAAGAAGAAGAAGAAGCAUUGAUAUCAAGACCUGAUGAGCUUUCAUAUGGAGUCAUAAACAUCCAAGCAACAAAGGAUCUGCAGGCCAAUGCAGAACUGGCCAAGAUCAUGGGAGAGUUCACCGAGUCAGGAGAUCAGUCACCAGGUGCCAGCAGCAAAGGAGACGACCUUCUAGCCAUGAUGGAUGGUCUGUGAUAUUGCCACGCUGACAGAAAGACCCAGGGAGUGGGGCACAAUGCAUCAUGAACAGUCUGCACUCCUGACAACCAAUCUGCUGUCUGUACAAAUCCACUGCAGAAACCCCACAUGCAGCUACAAAGCCUUCUUGGGAUGGUGUUGAAGUGCAGAUGUGAGCAAGCGUUUCCAUUUGUUCUCAGACAAACAUUGGCGUAUUUGUAUUUACAGAACAAGAAUGUGUGGCAAGACAAGCUUUAAGAUGGAAUAUGCUGUAAUAGUAAGUGUGCUCCAAACUGAGAGGAGUUUCACUGCAACAAGAUAUAAAGUAGGUCUAUAUCAGUGUAUUGAACAUGUUGAUGUGAUAACAGCAAAAUAUCUGUUUAUAUAAUGUAAAGAUGUCUCAUUUUUGUAAUCCAGUAAAAUACACAUUCCUUACAUUUAAUUUCACACACUGUCAUUUAAUCUUGUCAGUCGCAUGUACAAUCACAUCACAUUGAUACUGAGGCUUGUAGCCCACUAUUUCAUGAUAGUUUGUUUUACGUUGUUUUCCAUCCCAAGGAUGUACUAUCGUUGCAAAAUAUGAAAAGGAGAAUGUUACCCUCCUCUGUACUCUAAUGAACAAGUAAUUAAAUUGUACUGAGCUAAAGCAACCCAAGUGCUUUUUCUAUUUCAAUUUAAAGACCCUCAAAAUUUAUUUUGGUAAGAAAUGCUUAUCCUACACUAUUCCAUUUUACCGUAAAAGAGCAUGAGGAGCUACUUAUAAGACAUAUUUCUCUUCCAUGUGAUGUCAGUGAAUGUUGAGAUAACACCAAGAAAUGUGCUCUUUUGUGAGUACAUUGGUAAAAAUAUAGAAUGAUAUAAUAUAAAUAAUUGUCUAAUUGUAAAUAUAUUUUUGGCACACUAUAUUUAUUGAUUGUAUUAUUUUCUGUGUAUAGGGAAGUGCACAUUGCUGCAUUUGUUCAAUUGUUGAAUGUUUAAUGUAGUAUUUUUAACAAAUAGAUGAAAAAAUAAAACAUCUUUUACACCAA